AUGCGGUCGUCACGUAACGCGCUGCUGCUGCUGCUGCUGCUGCUUGCGUCCUGUUUGUUUGUGGCAACUCCUGCGUUUGCGGAGGACGCUGCCGUGGCUGAGGAAGACGCCGCUGUUGUGCCGGAGGAGGAGGAGGACGACGCGUCCGACAGCACCGGCAGACGCCACCUGGACACCGCGCGCGUCAUCUUUCCGGACAGCCCGAUGGUCACGGUGCCGACGCUGCCGGCUGGCUCGAAGACGGCGGCACUCAUCGCGUACCGCAACAACCAGAUGGGACACACGCACACCGUCAUCCUCGUCGCCGGAUACCUCACCCCGCUCAACGUGUACGAGCACGUGGUGCAGAACUUCUCCAUUGUGCGCCAUGCCCGCCCCGUGCGGCCGGCGGAGACGACGAGCUUCCAGUAUAGCUUCACCCCCGACGCGCAACUGGAGCCGAAUGAGUACAACCUCAUACUCGGCCUCUACUACAGCGACGAUGCCACGAACAACACGUACUUCAUCACUGCCUUCAACGGCACCGUGACGGUCGAAGAGGCGCUGGGGACGGAUCCAAAGACGGUCCUCACGUACCUGACACUGCUCGGCCUUCUCGGCGGCGGGGCGUACCUGCUGGCGUCAAAGGUGGGGCUCGUUGCGGUCUUGAAGGCGCGGCGCCACGGCGGUUCUGCCCGGCGGCGCGUGGAGAUCGGCACCAACGGCGACGGCUACGACCCCGACUACGUCAGCGAGGAGCACCACAGGUACAAGGAGGCGGUGCUACAGCGCCACGCCUCCUCCUCGCCGUCCAAGAAAAAGAAGCAGGUGUAA